UUUGAAGCGUAUGAAAAAGGAAGGAAUAGAGAAGGCUACUAUAUUGGCGUAGUUGGAGCACAAGGCAUAUUCCGUUCCGAGAUUCCAAUUCCCUCGCUUCCCUUCUUUAUUUCGCGCCUUCCUCUCGUAGAAAUCUCCCACCAGCCGACACUCCUUCCGGCCACUUCACCGCCUCCCUCCCCAUCUUCUCUCCGGCCGCCGCUUGCUUCUCUCCUUUCUCACCGACUGGGCGAUCGAGUAAUUGAAAGCAGACAAGAGAGAAGGGAAGGACAUGGCGCAGCAGCAGCCGCAGCCGCAGCUCCAAGUCCUGAACGCGCUCGAUGUGGCGAAGACGCAGUGGUACCACUUCACGGCGAUCAUCAUCGCCGGCAUGGGCUUCUUCACCGACGCCUACGACCUCUUCUGCAUCUCGCUCGUCACCAAGCUACUCGGCCGCAUCUACUACCACAUUGACGGCUCGCCCACGCCCGGCUCGCUUCCUCCCUCUGUUUCUGCCGCCGUCAAUGGCGUGGCCUUCUGCGGCACCCUAUCUGGGCAACUCUUCUUUGGCUGGCUCGGCGACAAGAUGGGUCGCAAGCGCGUCUACGGCAUGACGCUCAUGAUCAUGGUCCUCUGCUCCAUCGCCUCCGGGCUCUCGUUCGGCCGCUCCGCCUCGGGCGUCAUGGCCACCCUCUGUUUCUUCCGCUUCUGGCUCGGCUUCGGUAUCGGCGGCGACUACCCUCUUUCCGCCACCAUCAUGUCGGAGUACGCGAACAAGAAGACCCGCGGCGCCUUCAUCGCCGCCGUCUUCGCCAUGCAGGGCCUGGGCAUCCUCGCCGGCGGCAUGGUCGCCAUCAUCGUCUCCGCCUCUUUCAAGAACCGGUUCCAGGCGCCUCCGUACUCGGUCGACUCGGUAGGCUCGACGGUGCCCCAGGCCGACUACGUCUGGCGUAUCAUCCUUAUGUUCGGCGCUCUGCCAGCCGCGCUCACCUACUACUCGCGGAUGAAGAUGCCGGAAACGGCACGGUACACGGCGCUGGUGGCCAAGAACGCGAAGCAGGCGGCGGCGGACAUGUCGAAGGUUUUGCAGACGGAGAUCGAGGAGGAGCAGGGGAAGGUGGAGCAGAUUGCGUCGUCGAACACCUUCGGCCUCUUCUCGUCGGAAUUCGUGCGCCGCCACGGAAUGCACCUGCUAGGCACCACCACCACUUGGUUCCUGCUCGACAUCGCCUUCUACAGCCAAAACCUGUUCCAGAAGGACAUCUUUAGCGCCAUCGGGUGGAUCCCCAAAGCUGCAACCAUGAACGCGCUCGAGGAGGUGUACCGCAUCGCUCGGGCGCAGACCCUCAUCGCGCUCUGCGGCACCGUGCCGGGCUACUGGUUCACGGUGGCGCUCAUCGACGUGAUCGGGCGGUUCACCAUCCAGAUCCUGGGAUUCGCGAUGAUGACGGUGUUCAUGCUGGGGUUGGCCAUCCCUUACCACCACUGGACGACGCCUGGCAACCAGAUCGGCUUCGUGGUCAUGUACGGCUUCACCUUCUUCUUCGCCAACUUCGGGCCCAACAGCACCACCUUCAUCGUGCCGGCGGAGAUCUUCCCGGCGCGUCUCCGCUCGACGUGCCACGGGAUCUCGGCGGCGACCGGAAAGCUCGGAGCGAUCAUCGGAUCCUUCGGGUUCCUAUACUUGGCGCAGAACCCGAACCCGGCCAAGGCCGACCACGGCUACCCGGCCGGCAUCGGCGUCAGGAACUCGCUCUUCUUGCUGGCCGGAUGCAAUCUUCUCGGGCUACUCUGCACCUUCUUCGUGCCCGAGUCGAAGGGGAAGUCUCUGGAGGAAAUAUCAGGCGAGAACGAGGGCAAGGACGACAUCGCCGGCGAUAACCAGACCGUGCCGGUGUAGAAUUUUAGUUAGGUGCAGGCUGUUCUUGUUUUCCUUUCCCUCUCUUUGUUUUGGGCUCUUUUUCUCCUUCGAGUUGCUGUAUCCUCUUCAGUUCAGUUUUCUAUUAAACAUUAGACUAU